AUGUCAGUUCCACUUACAUGUCAUAUUUUGGAUACAGUAUCGGGCAAACCUGCAGAAAGUGUCGUAUGUACGCUCUCUCACCUUACACUUAACUCUGAUAAUGAUACAGCAAUUAUUGAAAGUGAGUCCCAAUUUGCGAUUGCCAAGACUAAUGCCGAUGGCCGUGUGACACAAUGGAUAUUCAAGCCAGACCCAUCUGAAAGAUCGCAUUUAAAGGAACUAGGAGUUGUCGAAACAUCGACUGGUAAACUGGAAUGGCAAAGCUUGAAACCUGGAACUUACAAGAUAAGAUUUCAUACAGGCAACUACUUCAAACAGAAAAAGGAACCCAGCUUUUUCCCCUUCGUUGACAUCGUUUUCGAAGUUUCUGACACUAGACACUACCAUAUUCCGUUGCUAUUGAGUAACUACGGAUAUUCAACUUACCGUGGUUCUUAA